AUGGGAGUCGCGCGACCAAAGGAGUGUGGGAUAGCGGUUAGGUUCUACGAGAACCCUGAGAUAAUAGCCAACUUUGAUCCUGUCCGAACAUGGCUUACCAGAAAUCACAAGAAGUACACCCAGUCGGAGCCACCGACAAAUAAAAGUCUCGCCAACCUUUGUUAUCAAUUAUUGACGUUCCAAGAACAACAUUACAAUAAAAACGUUUGUUUGUCUUAUUUUCCCAACUAAGAAUUUAGGUGAAAGACUCGGCCAUGAAACUUCCAUCGCGAUUGUUUAUGGACUUUAAGCCUGGCGGGUCACUGUGUUACAUCUUCCUAAUGUGCAUGAAGUACCGACAUGACCAGGGAUGGCGUAAACUAGAUUUUAAUUCCACUCGCAUCGAAAAACUGCAUGAGAUGUUUGAUUGCGUCAAGCGUGAGCUCGCAAACCAACGGCUGUGGUCGAAGCCGAGUGUCUACCUCACUGAGAUGGAUGAGGUAAGUUUCUUUUCCCGUUUUGCUGUUUUCGAGAUGGGCUCAAGUUUUUCUUUUUUUCCCUAUUUUCGCGUGGACUUAUGUUGUUAGUUCGUUGAGGAAUUGUUUUUUUGUCAUUGCUUUUGCUGAACGCAGUAGUUCUCAGUUUUACUAGUUUAGUACGCAUUGCAGGCAUAAAAGUGAGUCGCGUACUUUUAUCGCAGUCUAGUCGCGACCUCUCACCUGGGCUUUACACAUUUAAGAAAAUCGAGGGUUUAUGCUCCUCAAUUGUCGCCGUUUGUCUCCGGUGUCCCCGAUACUUUGGUUUCCUGAGGACAGUUUUUAUUGUGGCGGCUGCCGUCUACUUAACCACCCUAACCACGCUCGAAUGACGACGAUCUCUACUCACUCAUCAAAAUCCACCUCUCUUAGACUUUCCGCUUAAGAAUGUAAGGCUGACAUUUUCGGAUUGCUUUUGUCUACACUCUCCCUGCUCACAAGUUGGCUUCCUUGGCGGUGGCGCCUGAACAUUCUAAAGUCUGGAUACAUCCUAAACGAAAGCCCUUUUUCGACGUACUGGACCUGUGGCCCAACCGUUCAAGACAGAAUUUUUUUAACACUUACAGACAUUAAUCGGAGUAAUAAAAGACUGCAAAAAGCGGUAAUCGGAGUGACCACUUUGCUUCCGGAUCGCGCGGUCAUUGUGGUGAAUUACGGGCUUAGGACCAGUGGUUAAUUCCCCCUAUUGGCUUGUGAGGAGUCUUACAAAUAGACAUUCACCCAGGCAUUAACACGGUCUAUUGUAAACUUGACCCUCUUCCAUGCUUAACGUCCUGGCACACGAUCCUUAUCAGUGUACACAUUGUCUCCAGACGUCUUUAGUCAGUCAAUUCUAUGCCGCUAAUAUCAUGACCAGAAUCGAGUAAUAUUACGUGACGCCCGCCAGUUCUCUUAGAUGAACCAUAAGAAUGACCGAGCCACACAUAUAUGCUAGGCAGGAUGACGCACAUAACCGGUACUGACACCGACAGAUUGUUUUGCCGAUCUUUGAAUGAAGCACAAGCACCAUUGAUCGAAGACGUCCAGGCUGUGUUGGGUUUCUGAACACAAAGGCCCUGCAUCAUAUCCGUGCUGGAUAAUUGUCUUAACCGGAGCCUACUUUGCUCGAAGCUCGGUCUUCAGACUGAUUUUAUGCCGAAUCCAAAAGUUUAGACCAAUUCGGACGAGGCUGCACGCGCUCCUGACAGAUUUGAUGGCCAACUUUACCCUUGCUUGUUAAACAGAAGGUUUGACCCAAGGUAUCAGAAGUUUUUGACUAUGCUAAGAGUUUUGCCGUCUAUCGUGACCAUUUAGAGUUUUUUAGCUGCAGGACUUGAGGCGAUCCUACCCGCCUUUAUAUUCAGACCUAUUACGGCUGCCGCGCCGUUUUGUGACGAAAUGUUGCAUCUCUGCAAAUGUGCACAUCAGCACCCCAACACAGCACUACCAGCCUCACCCAAAUCUGUAAUGCACGGAUCAUGACCUCUUAUAGCACUGGAAGGGUCUGCUAGCACGUAAGAGCUAUGGAUUCUACGACUGUUAUUUUCACUUUGAGCAAUCAAAAUGAGGUCACCCCAACACCAUUGUUAACUACGAUUAACUGGCAAACGUAACAGCGGAAUCCCGGAUUUUAAGUGACGAUUUUCCAUAAUUUCAUCAAGUUCAUCGGAUAUUACAACAGUUUUUCUUCCUGGUUAUCUUAUGCCCAGAGUUCAGCAGCGCUCAUCCGCGAAACUGCAGUACGCAUGGGAUUAACGCUCGCAAAACUGCCUGAACAUGCUACACACAUUAUUCACCGACCUCCUGACGGUUGGUGUGGCGAUGCUCGUGAGGAUUCGGUUUCUCAGGCUUUCCGACCGAUUUUCAAGGAAGGCAGGGGCCUUAUGCUGCAUUGGCUCUACGCGCCUGGUUCCUUUGAUACGUGGCAUACGAGUGAGCAACUCAAGUUUUCGCAUACCAUGCUAGCAUUAUUGGAAUACUUGAACCAUGUAGCUGACUAUUUCUUGCGUCAUUCUACUUUGCGAUCACCCCUUACCUUGGACACUUUCUCAGAUCUGCCAGUUGAAUGGCCUUCGGACAUUGAUCCUGAGCCGCGCCCGCCCCUUGGCACGCCCUGGGAGGUCGAUGCAAGAUGGCUACUGUACUCAAUGGAACAUCAUGAAUGGAUGAUUGAGGAGGACUUUCUGGCACCCAACAGUACGCUGCGCCCAAGAAAGUCGUAUACAUGUAAGUGAUACCUCUUACUUCGCUAAUCGUGUCUUUUAUAUUCUUGAGACGCGUUGUCGCACUGUUAUUUCCUCCAAGCCCCCCCCCCCCCAUCCCAGUUUAUGCCGACCGCGCAGCGACUCCACAGUGCUUCUAACGUGGAUACCUGCUAAAAGCUUAGGCAUUUUCGUCAUGUUUCUGUCGUUUAAUGCAGCCGGAACAACCUUGCGUACAUAGCUUGUACACCUUAAGGACAGGGUUGGUUACCUCGAUAGAGGGGGCGUUGUCUUCGAGACUCCACGUGCCAGUUGUGGUGCUGCCUACUGUGGCCAAACUGGAAUCCGUCUCGACACGUAUACAUGAACAUGAGUUAGCGGUGAGGAGAACCUGUUUGCCGGUUUCAUUAGCAUAAUUGGCUUAAUCACAAUUGCAGUCUAUCCGGCAAGUGACCACUGAUUUCCGGUUGAUGAGAAUAGGAUCCUUAGGGUUCAUAAUUUGCCGCGGAUUGUUGCUUCAGGUCUGACCGAUGCCAAUCCCAAAUUCGCCCAUCAGUCUGGCGAUGACACAAGCUUCAUCGGCCGAGCCAGCGACAAGAUGGCCAGCCUGGUUCUCGAAAGUUGGUCCUCAGUUGGCACAGUCAACGGAGCCAUUGGUCUUCAUCCGGCCUACCAUGCGUUCCGUGCGGGGCUUUAGUCAGUCCAGACGGGGCCGACAACACUGGCGAACAAAUCGCAGCUAUCUCAACAGUUGUCACCUUCACAACAGGGGGAAAGAGCUAGUCGAGGGUCAGACGACCGACGCGCCCAAAUAGCCGAACGCGAUUAGCACAUGCAACGGCAGCCGAUCAACCCAUCAGGUUAUGGGGGGAAGGCCCACAGACACAGGGACCUAGCGGCGACAACGACUGCCGGGCAGGGGACAGAGGAUGCACGAGCGCCGUAGUGGUCGGCCACGGAGAGGCCAAAGCCAACCCCCCGCCAGCAGGCAGGUCAGAGUUCGCGUACCAGGCAUGCCUAUAACACGAGACAGGCGGUGAGACAGAACAAGCCUGAGCUAGCCAGGAAUAAAUACCACCGCUCUGACGGUGGGAUUGCGGAAAUUGCCGGAAAACCAGCACAAAUGCAGUGUGUUCCAUGGAAUCGCCCCUUCUUCUUCGUCUCCUUUUGGGGAUGAUGAACGGGAUAUAUAUUUAUUUACAUGUAAUCUGCCCAUCUGUCAACAGGACAACGGACCCGUGGCUCAGUGGUAGUGUCAAACUGCAUGGUCAGAACCGAAAUUUCAAUGAACAUCCGAGUCGUAGUACCACGAGUUGCAUGAAAUCCAUAUGGAUUUCAUACUGCAAUAGGUGGGAUUCUUUAGGACCAAAAUAAUCUAUUAUGUGAGCUUUCGAGACCAGUUCCCCAUCUCGUCGUCAGACCCAUGGGUCAUAUACAAAAACAGUUAGCUACUCAAUUUAUUCUGCAGUUGUCCGAAGCCUGCGCCAAUUUGCGUUGAUUACGUUUUGUCAUCUCCUUGGCAUUGACCGCCUUAAUGCUCACUUUUUCCUUGAGAAAUUUUUGCGUGGCAUCUAAAUCGACUUUCCGACUGGUGCAUGCCUCAUCUAAGUAAAUUGCUUUCAGUAAUUCACGGCCUACACCACAAAUAUGUCUGCUGACGCUUUGCUCCAACAACUAGAUCUAUAUAUAUUUUUUUAUCCAACUAAUACUUUUCUCCCUGAAAUCGCCAGUCGAGGAGUUUUUGGACGCCGCAAGCACUCAACACGCACCCAGCUCUCAGCUGACUGGUGCCUUCUCGGCCUCCUCGCUCUCCGCCUCAGCGCAUUCCACAGCAGCGGUGACUCCGUCUUCUCACUCCCAUCACCAUCAGAUGGCGGCCGCCGCCGUCGCCGCCACCUCCGGCGAGAAUACUAGCCACAAAAAGAAGCGCCGACGCUCACCGUCUCCCACAACUGCCGCUGACUACUACAACGGUAGUCAAUCGCAACAGUCUUCAAACAGCAAAAAGCGUCGUCAUGGCUCUAACCUGCCCACCAGCUCCAGUUUCUCUACCAAACACUCCAAUUCGUCCUCCAGUACUAGCUCAUCCAGAAAGGUGAAAAAGGAGGUUAGUACCCAUUCUUAGGAUGUGUGAAGGGGAGUGGGCGGGACAGAGCUUUCUUGGGCCCUCUUUCAGAGUUGCAACGUCCCGUGUGCCACAAAGAUCCCUGACAGUCGAAGUGGGUUUGAGACUAAAAUCUCCCAAGGUGAGCCAGAUCGCCUCGGGUUUCACUGUCGAACAUACCCGCCUGGUCACGAUAUAUAACAAAACCCCCUGGGAUAGUGGACAUCUUUUGUUAUUUUGUGUCGGACCCUCUGUCGAAUAGGUCAGAGUGAAAUCUACCGUCGCGGCCGUCGCCUAAUUUCGUCGCAACCCCCGGAAACGGCACGAAAUCAGUCUGAAAACCUAGGUGCAAGUGCACGAGGCUUCGUCUAAGACGAUCAUUUGCACUCAGAGAUUAGACACCACUUGAAAUAUUCGAUCGACGGUGCUUCCGCCUCAUUCUUCCGACGACUGUGAAGUUGCCCUCUAACAAACCGGUCCAUUACGUCCACCUUAUUCGGCAGCUACAACGGUUUUGCCAUGUGCUUAGAACGCCACUUUGUUGGCUGGUCCCGACAGUUAGAGUGGGGCGCAUGUUCGCGAAUCUGCAGUAUAGAGUUAGGCUAAUAAGCGUUGAUAGGCGCCUUUACAAGUGACAGUUCGAUCGUCGUUACCAACGAUCUCCAUCUUGUGCCCCACGACAGGGUAGACGCAGGGACGGUGAUCGGGUCGUAAAUUUAUGGUGAUCGUAGGCUUUCGCAGCGUCUGCCACACUCUCCGCCUACCUGGGUCUGUUGUCAAGACAGUCAAGAAGUCGGGGGCCGGACGCAGGUAGCUGGUUCGGUGUGAACCCGCGCCUAGACGGGCUGCCAUACUCUCCGGUCCGCGCACAAAGGGCCGGGAUUUCAUACAACAAGAAGGAGGGAGAGGGCGGCGUGGAACCCAGCUGAGUGGGAGUGCCAUGAAGGUCACAAACCGUUGCUUUGUAUAACAGCAGAGCAGCCACUUUGAGGCCUGAAUAUAGUAGGCAAUACAGAACUGACCGUUAUGUCUACUUAGCCCCUUCCAACUCCCGCUCGUUUCGUCUCAUCUUUGCUUAGUCUUAGCAUAACGCACUGGAUCUGGUGGGAUAGCAUGGUGUCGACACUGUACAAGUUUUCUCUGCCAUAGUAUCGUUCACGUGCGUCAUUACUGCCGGCUGUACAGUAGCGAUCCUUGUCGGGUAAUGGCCGCGUCAUUUUAUGAGGACAGCUCGCUUUUCCUUGACGUCUGGGAUUUUAAAGACAGUGCUGUUCUUCUGCCUCCCGAAAGGUCCGUAGAGACGUAGUGUCUGAAUUUACAUUUUAACUUUAACAUAUUAACUUUCUGCUUCUUCAGGCAAAGGUUAUUCUCUUCAACAUAAACGUAGGUUCAUUUUGUCUUUCAAGUUCUUGAGUUCGUCAACCUCAGUUGUUCAGCAGCACUUUCUAUUGCAUCUAUUUGUUUUUUUCACUUUUCUAUUGGUCGGCAAAGCCACCGUUUUCUACGUUCGAUGUUACCGUCUCUGUGUUUUGUGUGGGAACUCCCUUCCCCCACCGAAGCUUUCAAAAGUCUCACGCACACACAAUCCACCCGCGCCCUGUCGUGAAUAAACAGGUGGCUACUCUCCUCUGUCGCAUACGAUGCUGAAGGAAGUGCCAGUCUGAGACCCAGCCAGAAGUGUUGUUUUCUACAGUAGUUUGCUUAUAGGUGUUUCGAGAACUCCUCUGUGUGUCGGCCGGAUGUGGUUCGUUGAAAGCCUUCUCUGAAUGCGGUCUGUGUCUUUGCGUCCGACUUAAAAUGCGCCAAUGUGUAUAAAGUUUUGCGAAGCCGCGCUUGUAGAGUGAGCCUAGAUACUUAUCGAAAAUGUAACCGGCCAUCCUUUGGACUAAAUUGUACAUCCUCUCGUCUGGAUUUGACCUUGCCACUGCUAGGCGACGAUACUGUGCAACUCUUCCUCUCUUUGGUCCAGCCUAUGCUCCUUGGUCUGGUUCAAGUCGAGAGUCUAAGUGGUAUUUUAUCGUACCUAACGUCACUUUCCAGUCACUGUCGGGAUUUACGCUCUCUACCUAUAUGAAUGAGGCCCAGGACGCAGGGACCAGGCUUUGACUUCUUCGGGCUCGAGAGAGAGAGCCCCAAGGCACUAUGAAGCGAGUGAGUUCCGUAGCGCGAUCGGUGAGCGUUCCCCUCUUCCAUUGUAUGUACACGUUUGCAACCGACAGGACGACGAGCCCGUAGAUCAGUGGCUAGAGGCGUUGGGCUUCUAACUAACAGGUCACAGGAUAAGGCCCCAGGUGUUCCACACUUCGUGGUGGGGUAUGACUGACGACGGCUAAUAAGCCAGAAAUGGCCCUUCCAGUCUGCCUUGUCUUUGUCGACAAUGCCAUUCUGCAUAGAUCACGCGCUGCUGAACUGCAACUCACAGUGCGACGAGUGAGUUCCGUUGCGCGAUCGGGGAGCGUCCUUCUCUACCAUUGUGUCACAGCUUUCUUCAUUGAAUUGAUUUUGCUCGGUAUUUUUUAAGGAUUACCUCGCAAUGACGCCAGAUACUCAAAAAGAUGACACCAAUGACACACCUGACCUCACCAAGGAACUCGACGACCCAGAACCGCCGCAUAAGGUGACUCAGGCCGCGAUGACCCCCGGCACCCCAAUGUUACCAUCUCGAGGCUCUCGCACCUCAAUCGCCACCACUGAGCUGAGUGAGUAUAUUCCUCUUUAUGUUUGUCUCAGUGCGAGCUCUUUAAACACCAAGUUCCAAAUCAUUUCUGUCCUGUAUCCGGUAUAGGAUUGAUGUGCGCACGAUUUCCAUAUGACUGAAUACUCAUUUUAGGGUAAGGUGAUACCAUACUAACAGCACAGGUAUUAGCCAAAAGCCCAUACACGCGUGUUUCGCCGAUAUUCUGCCGCUGCAUGGCGCAGCCGCUAGGGGUUCGGCUCGUCAGUGGGUCCCCCAGUAUUUCCCGUGUAUGGACUUUUGGCUAGUACCUGUGCUGUUAGUAUGGCAUCACCUUACCCUAAAGUAUACUUUUAGCUGUCUGUCGACACUUAAUGAAUAUUACGCGGUUACCCGCUGUAGCUGAUGGACUUUGGCCCAAAUAUUCAUACAUACAAUUCUCGGUCUGAGCCUAUAGACCUUGAAUAAACUGAUCUACUCCAACUUCGUAGAUAAUUUCUGAGGAAAUGAAAAAACGAAAAUGAAUUCUCAUUAUCACAUUCGACGACGUAUGGGCUCAUGGCUCAGGCGGUGGGGUGUUUGGCUCACUGACCGACUGAUCCAGGUUCUCACGCCUGAGGUCUUCCCGUUCUGGAUUUAUGUAUGCAUGUCUGAAACCGGCCAAUAAGCCAGAAAUGGCCAUUUCCGUGUUUCAUGGCUAUUCUCCGUCCCGCCUUUUUGUUUAGCUGGUGAACAGGUGAAUUCGCCUGCCGCUGGACUGGACGAUCCCAACCGUACACUUGACGGUGGCAGUGGAGGUGAGGGCGGCGAGCAGCCGGUGGGUGAUCUCAGUGUGAUCGAGCAGGCGCACUGCAUUGUGAUCCCGUCCUAUUCGGCCUGGUUUGAUUACAACGCCAUUCACGGCAUCGAACGGCGUGCCCUACCGGAAUUCUUUAAUGGACGUAACAAGAGCAAGACACCCGAGGUCUAUUUGGCCUACCGAAACUUCAUGGUGGAUACGUAUCGCCUCAACCCUCAAGUGAGUCGCCAGUAACUCAACUUUUUUGCCUCCGGACAACAAGGGGUCGACGCGAAAUUGUUCGACGACGUUCUUGUCGGCCCUCCCCAUUUUCGGGAAAUCAUGAGUAAUUGACUGUUGACUGGAGGCGCGUUUGCACUGACACCAAGCCUAAGUCGAUGACGAAACCUCAUAUAUAUGUACAGCACAGUACUACAGUACGUGACCUAUCUCAUGAAAUCUGGUGACAGAAUCUGAUGUGAGAAUUUGGGACGUCUUAAACGUUGCGCACUUUGCUUACCCGCUCAGCCUCCUUUAGGAAAUUGUGCAGAAAUUGUGCCUACGUAAUUUUUUUUCAAGCAAAAUGCUCAUAAAUUUGGUCGAAAAUGAACGUUGCGGUAUACUCGGGCAAUUUCCUGUACUAAUAUCUGUUCUGGACUUCGGUUGCCCAUCUGUGGGUUAUUAUCAGAUGUGUAAGCGUGUCCAUGUCAUGAUAAAAACAGUCAUGAUGGUUCGUGUAAAUUUUGCUAACUUGACCAGUUAUAUCGAAGGGUAUAAUCAGGAUUUGUCUUUCUUAGCAGUUGCACCUUUCCCAUAUGUCUGCAUAGUAUCUGCAAGGUCAUUUUUCGUUUCGUACGACUAACUCGCCACAUUUCCAAUGACCGGUAAACAGCAAGAGUUCGGUCGUGGAGCAGGUAAAGGUGACUUGGCCUAUCAGCCGGCUCGCGAUUUCCCUGUAUGGCUAUCUGUCUAGUGAUUGUUACUUUGAAAUCAUAGGCUGUUGUUUAAACCACGCCUGUCAUUAGAUACGGAUACGUGUGUGCUCAUGCCUUAUCUAUCCGACCUCUGUGCUGCUACGGGUUGCACCUGUCCACAUGUGAGGAUCGGCAGCGGCGGAUCUGGACUGCUUGGUCCAGGGACCACCUACAUCUCCUAACGGACUCUAUGAAGCCAGGUCUUUAGCUGAUCUCUUCGUAGCUUCGAGGUGGGCAUCGGGGCCGGAUGAGGGGUAUACAGCAUCGAACUAAUUUGGCGUGCGACAAGAAACGCACUUAAGCAACUUCAGCUGUCAUUCCUGGAUGACCUGAGGUAUUCUCAUGGUGUUGCAGCGAGUAUGGAUGGUCUCAUUCAAGACGAAGUCGGUGUACUUCACCAGAAGGACGUUUUUAGGCAACGGUGGUCAAACGCCUCCCGUUUUGGUCCACCUGUCACGCGCACAGCCCAUUAUUCACAACGGUACAUAUGAGGAUUGACCGCGCACUUGUUCCUUAUACGUGGAUAAUUGUGACGAUGGAGAUGUCGCGACGUGGGAACUGCGGAUUCGGGCGACGCUGUCGCCUUUGCUGUGUGCAUUUGGCAGCAACCUCACUUCGAAAUCAAAACUGACAACCAUUAGCCCCCGAGGGACACCUUCUCUUGGCCAGAAGGCGGGCAAAGUAUGCCUGAGGCCAAGUCAUCAUGAACGAUUUAACCUCCCAUGUUUGUUCGAUAACCCAGAGUCAGAGCGUCAGUGUCCACAAGAGAACCGCGGAAAAUCGUAGAUACAACCACCUUUCUUGGUUUGCCUCAUUUACCGUGCUCUGGUUUACCUUUUUGUCCAUGUAUUUGCUAAUUUUGUUUGCCUAGGAAUACCUCACCUUCACAGCAUGUAGACGCAACCUAACUGGAGACGUGUGCAGCAUAUUGCGCGUACACGCCUUUCUUGAGCAGUGGGGUCUCAUCAACUACCAGUUGGCGGCGCCACUAUUCGCCAGUGGACCGGCUGCCGGCGGCUCUGAGGCAGCCAGACUCGCGGUCGCCGCCAGUCUCGGCCCGCCAUCCACCGCACACUUCCAUGUCCUCACUGACAGCGCUAGCGGUCUGCAACCGCUGGGUUCGCAGAAUCAGACCGCUUUGAACGCCAUGGCGGCUGAGGCCGAGAAGGCGGCGGGAGAGUCCACCUCCGCCUCCGCGAAGACCGACCCCACCACUGUCGCCGACGUGGACCCCGCAAAGUCUGCUAAGGUAUAUGUCUCGUUUAGCCCCCGCGUCAGCCCUUCUUUGGCAGCUUCAGUGCUAAUACUUGUCUUCCCUUUAGUCUGAAGCCGGUGCGUUGGAUGCCUCAGCUGCCGCCGCCGCGGGAGUAGCCAGCCAGCAAGGCAUGCAGUCCGCCACUGCAGUAAGUGCCUCGAGUGCUCCCCCACCACUCAUGGUGGGUGAUCCAGCAUUCCGCAGUGACCAGUACCUGAGUAAGCCGAAUCAGUUAACCGAGUUGGCACCCGCUGGCGCCGGCGCCGCCAAUGCGCCAACGGCUGAGACCCUCGCGGUCAACCAGGUCCUGGUGAAGGGCGCCUCCAAGGAUGGCUGGACCGACCAGGAGACGCUGCUCCUUCUUGAAGCCCUGGAGAUGUAUCGCGAUGACUGGAAUAAGGUGAGUAGGGUUCUCCUGUAUUGUGUUAAAUUGUGUGGACGGAAAUGCAUAUUUAAUUUUGAUAACCUGUGCCUGCUGUUCAGUAUAACGCCUUUCCGCACUCGACGAUCUGCGCUAUCGGAUGCGGAGACUUUGACUCACUCUCCCUCAGCAGUGGAGACCGAAUGCUGGAGGUCAAAAAACGCUUCACUCUGCAGGAUGAUAGUGUUAAGUCGGGCUUUCCAGGUGCUGUGCUGACGCCGACAUCAGGCAUUGCACUCGUGGGGCAAGUCAUGCAUGACGUGGCUGGAGUGUUUCAGUCGGCUUCCUUCAGCGGGCUGGUGUAUUAUCGCGAUGUUUUCGAAUCAGUUUCGAAGUCGAGACAGAGACGCCACUCCGCCGUUUGUGUGGACUCUCAGCCUACAGCUCCAAGGCAGAGCGAAAAUGCCCGUCGUGCACUCAGGAUAGGUUGGUGCACGCAAUUCUCAUGUGAUCAAGCGUGGACUGUCUUCUUCCCCACUAACUUUGUGCGCCUCAUUUAAGGGACCGUUCGUGGUCGGACCCUUUUGUUUUUGCUCAUAUUCUAUGUGCAUAGCCCCACGAACCGCAGUGGUGGAUCGACCAUAUGGAUCCCCGGUACACGCUCAUUUUUGGUGAUUACGAUACAAAGACCCACCCUAGGCUUGUAAAUUGUCCCGCGAAUGUAUGUAUCCUUACCCCUUCUAUUUCGAAAUUAUUUGACUCCUGGAUAUUCCAAAGUGCGCUUCCGGCUGACAGUCGCUAGCCACAGGGGAUGCCGUCAUACCAAAGGUCUAGUUGAGAGAUAUCUUGCUUUUUGUGUUGGCAGAUAAACUAACUGAGUAAGCCAUGCUGUUCAUGUUGCACGGUAUAUCAUGGGCCGCUGUGCGGCUGCUGGUUGGGCUCGAGAGAGAACCCGUAAGGCACAACGUAACGAGUGAGUCCCAUAAGAACGAUCGGUGAGCGCCUUCUACCACAGUACACUCUAUUGGUCAUAACAGGUUUACACAUCAGUAGUUCUCAGCAGGAACCUUUUAGCUGUUGAACACUCCAACAUUCGCAACAAAGGUCCCUCUUCUCCAACGAUAAACAGCCUAGCCAAGAUAGUUGUCGUUAAUUAGGACAGACGAGUUUGGUCACCCAUCUUCCCGUUGUUAAUUCCACCUGCAACUUGGAAUUAUCGAACGUGGGAGGGCCCAAGGCCCCACUUGCAGCUGACCGGUCUGAUAAUACUCCUAAUCGCCCCCGCUCCAUCAUAACCUCCCUUCUGCCCAUGUAGGUGGCGGAACACGUGGGUAGUCGAACCCAGGACGAGUGCAUACUCCACUUCCUCCGCCUGCCCAUCGAGGAUGCCUACUUGGAGGGCGACUUUGUUGGUGGUACCGGCGCCGGCCCUGGACUGGCGGGUCUAGCCAAUGCGGCCUAUCCACAGCCACCCUUCUCCCGUUCCGGUAAUCCCAUCCUCUCCACGGUGGCAUUCCUGGCUGCAGUGGUGGAUCCACGGGUGGCUGCCGCUGCGGCCCAGGCCGCCCUCAAGGAGUACGCCCAGAUGCGCGACGAGGUGCCCGCCGGCCUCUUACACGAGCACAAGGCUCUCAUCGAGGCCGUGGUCGCUGAAGGCCGUCGCGACGUGGAUCCCACCAAGUUUGGUCUGGAGGAGUUGGGCAUUGCUCUCAGUCCGACCUCUGCUAAGACGGAGGAAUCGACUGCAGCUGAGAAACAGGACUCCAGUAAGGUGAGUGGUACGGUUUUCUCCCACGGGGAUUACAUCACUGUAUGAGUUCGGUAAUAUUCCUUAUGUGUGUUAUGGGUUACAAACCUACACAUCUCGUGGACUUUGAGAAAAAUAGAAGGCCUCUGUGUAUGCUAAAAUAUCAUUUCUUAAGAGCCUUUGAUUUGAACUGAGAUGGACUAGGGUUAAGCAGAUUUUCGACUUUGAGGUCCAACGUCUAGUGCGUCUACUUCCAUACUUUCUUGUACUGUUCCUGCUGUAGUGCUUUUUGCAGCCAGGUCAACAAUGGGUCCGUUGUAUGGCUUUCUUUGACGGAUAGAAGUACCCGGAUUUGCCCGUUAAAGCUGUCCUGAUUAAUGCGCUCGACUGCCGCUAUGAGCGAUAUUGGCCACCCCCCGUCUUCGCUGUCUGGAAGACUUCUGCUCCUCUUAGUGCCUCACUGUUUUCUUUUCAGUGUACGUGGACGGAUUAUCCGUUGAAUCUACGGUUACUGUUGCUGGCGUCUGGCUAGUUCACGAGAUGGCAGUGUGUUGGGACUGCUUGCGUGCAUGUGUGCGAUAUCCAGUACUUGUUUUUAGCCCUGUAUAUGCGGGUGCUACGUUGUCACUCAAAUAUUUGCGAGACCUGGCAAGUUCUACGCCCAUGACCUGGGGGCUACGCGCUGAAUCCAUUCUCAUCCUUUUCGUUACAGGACAGUUCGACUGAAUCAAAGGAGCAGGCAGCCGCGGACACUAGUAGCGGUGCUAUCGAAAAGGCUGGUGAGUCAACGGCAGCUGGGAUCGGCGGCUCUGAGUCGCUGACCAGCUCGGAUUCCACCAACGAGACUAAGAUGGCGACCGCAGUAAGUGGUCAGACAGAGGGAGGCAAAACAGGCGUCACUGCAGCAGCCGAAAAGAUGGAAGUUGUUGAUACUCAGUCAACCGGUGUUUCCGCCGCCUCCGUCGACAUAACCUCCGAGCUUCCAACUGAAGGCGGUGACUCUAAGGCCACUUCUGAGGCCCUGGUAGCAACAUCAGAGAAGCAGCGACAACCUGCAACUGACGCAGAGGCUGCGCCACCGCCCUCCGCUAAAUCUGCCGUCAAGGAGGAGACGACACGCACCAACAGUUUGCCGCCUAAUCCAGACAGUCUGGGUACUGCGGCCGCUUGUGCGCUAGCCGCGGCAGCCACAAAAGCGCGUCACCUCGCUAGUGUCGAGGAAAAACGUAUCAAGGGCCUUGUGGCCCAGCUGGUUGAGACGCAGUUAAAGAAGCUGGACAUAAAGCUGAAACAGUUCCAGGUACGUACCUCCCAAUUCAUGCUUCUCUUGUAUCUCUCUUUUCUAUCCUAUUGGUCUGUUGACCUCUAUGGGAAUUCUGAGUCAUUCAAAACAAAUACACCUGUCUGUCCGCAUGUUUAGUCUUUCUCACUCUCUUUGUUUAGGAAUUAGAGGCCAUUUUGGAGCGCGAACAUGAGAUGCUGGAGCAGGCGAGACAGCAGCUCAUGCACGAACGGCAGGCCUUCCACAUGGAAGUGAUAAAGACGAUGGAAAACCGCGCACGUGCCCUCGUCCAACAACAACAGCAACAACAACAACAACAGGCGGCACUUCAGAACGCUCCCCACCUCCAGCCUAUGAAGUACCUGUCACAGCCUCAGCAACAAUCGCCACAACCGCAACAGCAACAGACCGGUCUUCCUGGCGGCCCGCCGAUGCCGCCCUACAUGCAGGGCGGUUCAGGCGGUGGCAGCGCGAUGACACCAGAUCCACACGGGCCAUCAGGGAUGAUGCAGUAUCCACCCUCAAUCCGUGGGCCCCCACCACCACAACAUCCGGGGGCUCCGUACAUGCAGCAGCAGCAACAACAGCAGCCACACCCUCAUCAGCAGCCGGCGCCACCUCCCCAUGCACCGCUGCCCAUGCCACAACAGCAACUCCAGCAGCGCCCACAGCCGGUAAGUGGCUUCCCGUCUUCGGGAAUGCCACCGGUGCUCCACACGGCGCCGCCAGCUCAGCCACCACAACAGCCCCCGGCACCGUUAGUCAUCUCUGUGAGUCAAGCCUCCAAUAAUGCAGUCAGUACUGUUAGUUCGCCUGGCGUCGGACAGGUGUUGAGGCCCGCGGACAAUCAACAAACAUCGCCUGCAGCACCCUCGCUGGCGACAGCCCCCGGUGCUGACCCGUCAGUUUCCGUGGGGGCUCCGCGCUCUCUUGCGGCGCCGGGAACAGAGGAGAGGGCAGAUCCGCAACAGGCGCCACCGGCACUAGAGCAACAAGACAAGUCGGAGGCCCUGCAACCUCUGUCGCGGCGCGCAGAAGAGGACGACGAGGAAGGUGAUGAAGAUGAGGAUGAAGAGGAAGAGGACGACGAAAUGGAGGAGGGGGCGACUGCUGCUCCUGUCUCAGCUGCUACAGUUGGAGCGGUAGAAGAGUCUGUGGUACCACCCCAGGCUAGCCCGAGGACGGAAGCCCACGAAGAAAAAGGUGUUAUGCCGCCAGUAUCAGUGAUGCAGCCGGUGACUCUAGUUGCUGAAGGCGGCUCAACUGUGGUGCCCCUGAGUCAUGAGGCCGCGGGGGACCACUUGGCGAGGGAGCAGCAGCAGCAGCAACAACAACAACAACAGCACUUUACGGAGAGCGGUGAUAGGUAA